CGCCGGGCCGCCUCAGACGUGGCACUCGGGCGCGUGAGGGAGCGGGCGCGCGGGCGCAGGUGUCAUUUUCCUUGUUGCAGAUUCCUGUAGUGGACACAGUAUUUGGAAUGAGAAAAUUGCCAUCAUGAGUCAACAAGGUUAUGUUGCAGCUCCUCCAUAUUCCCAGUCACAGCCAGGAAUAGGAGGUUUUGGACCACCCAGUUCUUCAAUUCAUUAUGGACAUUAUGGGGACCCUAACUCUGCAUACUCAGCACCUCAACCAGGUGUGUCGAAAUCAACUGUGCCUUUUGGAUCUCCAGCUCCUGUUGGGCCUCCACCACCUGGUGCACAGCAAUUCAGCCAGGCCAGUUUCCAGAAUGGGUCUGGUACACCAGGACAGCAGUCUCACAGGUUUCAAGGCCCUUCACCUCCAAGUAACACAGGACCUUCCUAUCCUCCCUACAGUCACCAGUCCCAAGCAGCCUUCCCGAAUACUGCACCUGCUUCCUCUACAGCACAACUUGCUGACCAGCUCAACAGCAUGCAGAUAAAUAGCUAUGGUCCUGGCCCUGCUCCAAGCUCCGGCGUGUCUCCCGGGCAUCCGGCGGCUUUCCAGGGCCCGCGACUGCUGCCCCCAACCCAGCAGCAGAUAGGUUUGCCACCUGCACCACAGCUGCCUCCUCCACCAGCAAACAGUGUUAAUGGCCUUGGUGCUCAGCCAGCAUUGCCUCCUAUGGCCAGGCAGGGUGGAAUCCCUGGACCUGUCCCUCCAAAUCCUAACUUGCAACACCUGCCGGGACAGCCUCCAGGGCCUGGAUAUCAUCCUCAGCAAGCAAACUAUGGUCCUCAGAUGGCAGCAUCUCAACUGUCCUAUCCUGGUGCUUUUCCUGGCAGUCCGGCACAGCUCUCAGGCCCACCGCAGAAGAAGCUUGAUCCUGACUCUAUUCCAAGCCCAAUUCAAGUGAUUGAGAAUGAUAAGGCUGCCAGGGGAGGGCAGGUCUAUGCCACAAACACAAGAGGACAGGUUCCUCCCCUCGUCACCACCAACUGCGUGAUCCAGGACCAAGGGCACGCCAGCCCGCGGUACAUCCGCUGUACCACCUACUGCUUCCCGGUGACCUCAGACAUGGCCAAGCAGGCCCGCAUCCCCCUGGCGGCCGUCAUCCAGCCCUUCGCUGCUGUCCCGCCAAACGAGACACCUCUUUAUCUCGUAAACCAUGGGGAGACCGGCCCCAUCCGGUGCAACCGCUGCAAAGCUUACAUGUGUCCCUUCAUGCAGUUCAUUGAAGGUGGCAGGAGGUACCAGUGUGGGUUUUGUAACUGUAUAAAUGAUGUCCCCCCGUUCUUCUUUCAACACCUGGACCACGUGGGCCGACGGAUAGACCACUAUGAGAGGCCUGAGCUGUCCCUGGGAUCUUACGAAUACGUGGCUACUUUGGAUUAUUGCCGAGACAAGAAGCCUCCUAAACCACCAGCUUUUAUCUUCAUGAUUGAUGUAUCAUACAGAAACAUAAAGAGUGGCCUAGUGAAACUCAUAUGUGAUGAACUGAAGACUCUGCUAGAUAAACUUCCAAGAGAAGAGCAAGAAGCAUCCUCGGCAAUUCGAGUUGGUUUUGUCACUUAUAACAAGGUCCUCCACUUCUUCAAUGUAAAGAGCAGCUUAGCUCAGCCUCAGAUGAUGGUGGUCACAGAUGUGGCAGAAAUUUUUGUCCCUUUGCUGGAUGGCUUCCUUGUUGACUUUGAGGAAUCCCGAUCGGUUGUUACCAACUUGUUGGACCAGAUUCCGGAGUUGUUUGCAGACACUAACGAGAGUGAGACCAUCUUCGCUCCAGUUAUCCAGGCUGGCAUGGAGGCACUAAAGGCUGCAGAAUGUGCUGGGAAAUUGUUCAUCUUCCACUCUUCUCUGCCAACUGCGGAAGCACCGGGGAAGCUGAAAAACAGAGAUGACAAAAAACUGCUCAAUACAGAUAAGGAAAAGACCCUCUUCCAGCCACAGGGAAAUUAUGAGGCCUUAGCCAAGGAUUGUGUGGCCAAUGGCUGCUGUGUGAAUUUGUUCCUCUUCCCAAAUCAGUACAUGGAUGUAGCCUCCAUGGGCCUUGUCACAAUGUACACCGGUGGAACACUGUACAAGUACAACAAUUUCCAGCUCGAAACUGACAGCCCCCAGUUCUUAAGUGACCUCAGGAAGGACAUCCAAAAGAAGAUGGGAUUUGAUGCAACAAUGAGGGUUCGGACAAGUACAGGCUUCAGGGCUACAGACUUCUUUGGGGCCAUUUACAUGAACAACACCACAGAUGUGGAGAUGGCAGCGAUUGACUGUGACAAAGCAGUGACAGUGGAGUUCAAACAUGAUGACAAACUGAAUGAAGAUACUGGGGCCUUAAUUCAGUGUGCUGUCCUGUACACUUCGAUGAGUGGGCAGAGGCGAAUCCGCAUACACAACAUCGGUUUGAAUUGCAGCUCCCAGUUAGCUGAUGUCUACAGGACUUGUGAGACUGAUGCACUUAUCAACUUCUUUGCUAAGUCAGCUUUUAAAGCCAUUCUGAGCCAGCCCCUGAAGACAGUCAGGGACAUCCUGAUGAAUCAGACUGCUCACAUGCUGGCCUGCUACAAGAAGAAUUGUGCCAGCCCAGCAGCUGUCAGCCAGCUGAUCCUGCCAGACACCAUGAAGGUGCUGCCCGUGUACAUGAACUGCCUGCUGAAGAGCUGUGUGCUGGCCAGCAGACCUGAAAUCCCAACGGAUGAGAGGGCUUUCCACCGCCAGCUGGUCAUGGCCAUGGGGGUGGCUGACACACAGCUCUUCUUCUACCCCCUGCUGCUGCCAAUUCACAGCCUGGAUCUGAAGAGUGACGCGGUGCCAGCCGCCGUCCGCUGCUCCGAGGAGCGCCUCUCCGAGGGAGGGGCCUUCCUGCUGGCCAACGGGCUGAGCAUGUUCCUGUGGCUGGGAGCCAGCGUGUCCCCAGAGCUCAUCCAGGGGCUGUUCAACGUGCCGUCCUUCGCACACAUCAGCUCCGAGGCCACAUCCCUGCCUAACCUGGACAAUCCAUUUUCUAAGAAACUGAAGCAUAUCCUGGAGCAAAUCCAGAGCCAAAAGCCCCACACUAUGAAGCUGAUGAUAGUGAAGCAACGGGAGCAGCCAGAGAUGCUUUUCCGCCAGUUCCUAGUAGAAGACAAGAGUAUUUAUGGAGGAGCCUCCUAUGUGGAUUUCCUUGUGUGCAUUCACAAAGAGAUCAGCCAGCUGCUCAGUUAAGGCAACUCAAGUAAAAUGUUCAGUUCCUUUUUGCCUUUGCAGGAGGGACAGUUUUUGGUGCCUGAAGGCUGGCCCACAGCUCCACCAGCCCAGGCCUUCUGCUGCGCUUUCCUGACCCUUUCCUGUGCUCUUUUUGUACAGUUUCAUUUGAUCCCACCUCCCCCUGAGUAUUUUGCUUACUUCUUAAGCUGUAGAAUAGGAAGUUCUGCACUCAGGUAUUAAUCUUCUGGGAGUCGUGACUCUCUACAUGAAUUGCCAGAUUUCAGACUACCAAUGCUUAAAAGCAUAUAUGGUAUACCUUUCUUUGAAGACAAUUUAGAAAACUCUCAAUUAUUCCUUUUGCUAGUCGUAAGUGGUACCAGAGCUGGGAAAGAUGAUCAGAACCUGUACAGAGGAUGCAAAAAGACAAAACACUUCCACAGCCAGGGUUAUCCAGGAGACAGCAAUGCCUCAGUUUUAUAACUGGACUUGAGUAAGUGUAACAACAACAGGGAUCACAGGAAGAACAGUAAUCAAACAAUCCUUUUGCCACCUUUGGCAGAUGAUGUCACACUAUUACGGUACAGUUCUGUCCACUUGGGGGCAGCAAUUAGCUUAGCGUACUACUUAAUUACAUUUUCAAAAUUGCACAGGUUAGGCUUUAUUUAGUACUUUUGCUAACUGGAAUAUUCCCAACACAACUCAUAAAAACCUGUCCCUCAAGAUUUCUGUGGCAGAUCAGCUGUGAGACAGUUGACACAUUAACCAAAGGUUAUUUGUGGUGCUAUGAAGCCUCUUGUUUAAUACCAGUUCUAUUGCAGUGACCUCCUCUCCCGUGACUGAUUUAAUCAAUGGUCACUGCUUUGAAAAACUAGCCUUUGCUAAUACCAAUAUUGAAGGUAGUAUUUGGAAAGCCAGAGCCUUUGGAAUGGCUGUAUACCUCAGAUACUUCAUCUGUCUCUCUGUCUCUUUAGGACCAAGGCCUCUGAAUGUGAGAUUUGAAUUUUGCCAAGCUUGAAAAGCUAUUAUUAAAUAAAAUAGUGUUUCAAAGAAAGCCAAAAAACACUCAAAAGUAAGAUUAAGCCUCAGUAAAGAAAAAAGUGCCUUUAAACAUGUUAGUGUUGCUACUUAUAUUAAUUAUUUAAUGUCCACAAUAAGCAGUGAAAAUGCAUAGUUUUUUGGUUCAACAGCUUAUGUAUACAGUCAUUCUUGUCAUUGACCAAGAGCUCUUGAAAUAAGUGGCUGUAUUACAAGAGUCCUCAGCCUGAAUUCAGCUGCCAAGACAAGCACUUUUUAGCUGUAGACAAUACCCUGUAAAAAGUAUGUGUUGCCAUUUCAUUUGUAAAAUGACACCAGCAACAUUUGUGUAAAGAAAUAAGCAAUUAUUAAAUAUAA